AUCCAUUCAAAAAUCUGUCCCUAAGAAACCCUGGCCUGGCUUGGCUCCUUUUCCACAUUGGAUUUCAAUCCCCCUUUUUAUCCACAGUUUCUUUCUGCAUCGAAUUAAGCCCUAGAUUGAGUGCUCAGUAGAUACAUAUAUAAUAUAUAGAAUUUCCACACACACGGUAUGUGUAUGGGACCACCAAGUGGGUGGAGCAGAGCUCGAGGGUUAGUAGUGAAGACGCUGGUUUUGAUCGGAGGUGCUCUUUUGGUUAAGCGAUUAACCAAGUCCACCACUCGGUGGGACCAUGCUCGCAUCGUUUCUCAAUCUAUCGCCGGCGAAAAGUUCUCAAAGGAACAAGCAUCCAGAGAUCCCGAUAAUUUCUUUAAUUUAAGAUGGCUUUCCUGCCCAGCUGCAGAUAUGGUGGAUGGAUCGAAGGUUCUAUAUUUCGAGCAAGCAUUUUGGAGAACUCCCCAUAAGCCAUUUAGACAGAGAUUUUGUAUGGUCAAACCUUGCCCAAAGGAGAUGAAAUGUGAUGUUGAGUUGAGUACAUAUGCCAUACGCGACGCAGAGGAGUACAAGAACUUUUGUGAUCGCCCAAGGGACCAACGUCCACAGCCUGAAGAAGUAAUUGGGGAUGUAGCGGAACAUCUUACCACCAUAUAUCUCAAGCGUUGUGAACGAGGGAAACGCUGUUUGUACGAGGGUUCAACACCACCCGAUGGCUUCCCUAAUUCAUGGAAUGGUGCAUCAUAUUGUACAUCAGAACUGGCAGUCUUGAAGAACAAUGAGGUUCAUAUGUGGGAUAGGGGCUAUGAUGAUGAUGGAAACCAAGUUUGGGGAGUGAAGAAUGGUCCUUAUGAAUUCAAGGCUGCACCUGGACCUGCAUCUGCAUCUACUUCUGCUUCUGUUGAUAUGUUAUCUCCAUUAAAUUUCCCUCCUCUUUCUAUAGGUAAGCCGAUAGAAGGUUCCUUUGUUCUUCAAGAAUAAUCACAUAUGUUGCAUUAUUGCCUUGUGGCUUGUAAUAUAUACCAUAAUUAUUUUUAAUAUAUGCCAUUAAAUCCCUUAUUA